CCGUCCCGAUCCUCUCGGCGGCUCCGGCUUCUAAGAUGGAAACCGCCGGCGGCCUCAGCGAGAGCCCCACGUCCUCGGCUUCAGCGACGGCCCCCGGGGUCCCGACCCCUCACCCGCUCUCCAAGGACGUGCUGGGCUUCGACGAGGACGACGACGAGGACUUGGAGGUGUUCAGUAAGGAUGCGAGUUUCACCGAUGCCAGUUCAUUCAGUAUCUCCAUGCCAACUUCACCUGCCUCUAUGAUCAAUCAACAUACUUUGGAAGAUGAAACAGACAGCAAAGAUCUCUUUGUUACUGUAGAUGAUCCAGAAAAUCAUGUAACAACCAUUGAGACCUUUGUCACUUACAGAAUUACUACAAAGACGACUCGUGGCGAAUUUGACUCGUGCGAGUACGUGGUUCGUCGACGCUAUCAGGAUUUCUUGUGGUUAAAAGGCAAACUGGAAGAAGCGCAUUCUACUUUAAUUAUUCCUCCAUUACCAGAAAAAUUUGUGAUGCGAGGCAUGGUGGAACGAUUUAAUAAAGACUUUGUAGAGACACGCAGAAAAGCAUUGCAUAAAUUUUUGAAUCGAAUUGCCGACCAUCCUACUCUGUCUUUUAAUGAGGACUUCAAAGUUUUUCUAACAGCACAGGCAUGGGAGUUAGCAUCUCAUAAGAAACUUGAUCCAGGGUUCAUCGUUAAAAUGGGAGAAACAGUGAGGGCUGUUGCUGGCACAGUGAGAAGUGUUAAGAAUCGACCUGACGAAUUCAGAGCCAUGAAUGAGUAUGUGGACAUUUUCCGCCAGAAAUUGGGAACAUUGGAUAAAAUCAGCCAUAGAAUUUUAAAAGAGCAAAAAGAAUAUUUGGCUGAGCUGAAGGAAUAUGGUCCCAUCUAUACACUUUGGUCUGGAUCUGAUGAAGAGCUGGUUGAACCUUUACAAGGAGUAGCCAGCUGCAUUGAAAACUGUUGCAAGACCUCUGAAGGACUUGUUGUAAACAUGUCAGAAGGCUUACUUCCUGUGUUGCAUGAAUAUGUUCUGUGUGCAGAAACUCUAAAGUCUGUGUUGAAAAGAAGAGACCUAAUUCAAGCAGAAUAUGAAUCACGAAUUGAUGCCAUAGAUAGUAAGAAGGCUGAUAAAGAAAUGCUGUCGUACUCCGAUCUAAGCUUUACAUUUGGUGCCUUCCUGGGUAAAAACACAGAGGAAAUAAAACAACAGAAGCAGCAGAAGCUUGAUCACGAGAUUGAGGAGCUUCAGCUAGAAAUUGGAAAGUAUGAAGAUAAAGUUGAGUGUGCCAAUAGCAAUUUGAAAGCUGAUUGGGAAAGGUGGAAUCUAAACAUGCAAAGUGACUUGCGAUCAGCCUUCCAUGGCUUGGCUGAAAACAAUAUUUGUUAUUAUGAGAGGUGUCUGGCUACAUGGGAGUCUUUCCUUGCCUCUCAGCAAAAUGAGAUCAACACAGAAAAGGAUGUGAAAGACAGCACAUAGAAACAGUGGAUCUCAGCAGAAGUGUUGUUUGUAACUAUUGCUUCCUUUUGACCAAAACUGCUGUGUGUAUUUGAAGAAAAAUACUACACUGUGCCUGGUGCUUUGUCCCUAAACUUCAGAACAACAAUAUGUAUUCUAUUUACAGUUGGAAAUUUAAAAAAUAUAUAUUUUUAGAUGAAUUGAACUUCGUACUAUCCAAAGAAUAAGAAAUUAGUAAGAUUAUCAAAUUUGAACCUCAGAUCAUUCUCAUUUAAAUCCUUUGGGGAAAAAAAAUUGCCAUUUGUACCUUAGCAGAGAUGAGAGUGUUUGAAUGAUCAUUUAUUUGAAUGAUAGAAUUUUUUUCUGAAGUGAUUUUAAAACUGCCUUCAAUAUUGAUUUUAAUGCUUUUACUAUGCCUUAAUAAGAAUAUAGGGGUAACUUUGUAACAUUUUAUAAUGAAUAUAUGGUAAAUUUGCAGCAUUUCAUAACCAAUUUGAUGUGACACACCGUUAUGAAUAACUGAAUUGUCAUUCGCUAGUUAUUGACUGCUUUUAGCUCCAAAAAUUCCUGGUUCUUUUAACUUAGUCUGUGAAAGCAUGUUAUAAUUUUGGAUGCCAUCUUUGUUCAGGGUGAUGGCUGACGUAAACAUUUAUUAACCUGUCUGAAGGCAGUAUCUGAAUGUGCUUUUACAGGAUAUCAGCUGAAUUAAGCCAUUCCUCUCUUUUGAUCAUCAAAUUUACCUUUCUCUAAGGUCAGAGCAGACAUUUUGUAUUUGGAUCUCAUUUUAUCUUAUUGAAUCUGUUCUGAAAUGUUGACAAUUUUACUCUUUAUAUUGUGUUUUUCAGGAAUAAUGUUUUUAAACUCAUAAGUUGAGUUUAUACAUGAAAACAACAAAUGCUAAACAUCUAGAAUCGCAAUCUUACUUUCAGGAAAAAUAUAUUUCUCAUUUUCUUCUUCACUAUUCACCUCCUCCAUCUGCCAAGUGUUUGGCAGAUUUCAGCUGGAACUUUAGCAUUUUCUCAUAAUGGGGUCUAAAUUGCAAGAAUCGCAAAAACGAUUUGUUAAUGCCGGAUGAAUCAUAGCCAAACCCUUUGAACCGCCUCUUGAAUGGCAAUCUCGAUUUCAACUUUAAACUCAGCACCUGAACAGAGUUCCAGCUUGUCGGCCACAGCACAACUGAGAUUCACUCAUUACCAAUGCCUUCAGAACUCCCACAAUUUAGAUUGCGGUAUAUGUUAAUACUCCAGUGCUCCUGUGCCAUUGAAUGUCAAUUAUACCUCUGGAAUUUUUCAUUGCUCCUGCCAUAAUGAUUUUAUUUUCUUCAAUAUGAAUUUUAUGCUGGAACAUUUAUGUAAGAUGAUGUGACAAUGUCUUCAUCUGGUUAAUGUGCAGUACAGCUCAGUGCCUUGCAUCUAGCAACUUUUUUUUUGCUUGAGGCUUAACUGCUGUAGGAAAUCAAGGAGCAUGUAAUAUGAAAGCUAUAAACAGUAAGUGAAAAGUUCCUGGAACCUUAUUUCCAUUUUAAAUUGUUAUGUCAGAUUGACCUUUGUAACCUCUGAAGGCUAGUAGCAUUUUAUAUGAGGAAAUAAUGCAACAACAGUUGUGAUAUUUUAGAGAAACAUUCUGUUGAUUGUUUCUGAAUUGUUCAAGAUAGUGUACUGCAAAUGUUUGUGAAAAGAUGUUUUCAGAAACGUUUUCAAAGGGAGAUCAUAUUGUGCAUUAUCUAACUUUAUUUCUAUGUUCAUUAUUGUGUAAACCAAUUAAGUACUAUUUUAAUCCUGAAAAAUUGCUUGACCAGUAUAUAAAUCCAAUUGAUUGACAAAGAAACUUUUGAAGAACAGUUGUAUGUUAUAAAGAUGUUUUUGAAUUUCAGCUUUUGUGUAUCCAGUAUGUCUUAAAUCAUGCUAUAUGUGGAACAGUUUUGGCACAUAAAAAGUUUGAUUAAAUAUAAUGGCUGGGAUUAAAAUAUAAAAAAACUGACUGGACCAAAUGAAAUGCUUAAAAAUAACAAUUGUGCGAAUAUUUUUUAUCGAUGACUAUUUCAGAAAAUACUAUUUUUGACCAAAAGUUUGAUCUCAAGUUUAGGUAAAUGCUGUUUGAAAUAAAAUCGUAAAACCUUUGUGAAAUAUCAACUUGGGAUUUGUGAUGUUUGAUUUGAUAUUGUUGAAUCCUGAAUGAAUGCAAAUCUUUAUUAAAGUAAAAUUGGUAAUA